UCUGGAUUCACUGGGAAUGGUCUAACUACACAGCGCGGGGCAAGAUUUUCUUUUUACGAAACUGGAUUGUUGGAUAUAUUUAGCCGAUCUUUUUCGCAACACUGAAAAAGGAUACCUUGCUACAACAAAGGGCACCCCGUGUCUGUGUCUUGCCUCUGAGAAUGUCUAGCAUGGUGUUGCUGUAGUGGAGAGGAGCACCACCUUUGAAUCUGCAGACAGCGACUCGGCCAGUUGAUCACCAUGCCUAGCUUAAGUGUCAGUCCAAGCUCAAAGCUUAACUGUAGCCCUGUAUGGCUCAUCUGUGUUCUCCUGGGCCUCUCGGCUAUACACACUCAUGCCAAAGAUGUCCUUACUGUACCCCAGCAGGUGAGCCUGUCAGACAACAUGGCUACACAGCAACUAUCUAUAUCAUGGCUGGGAGGAGCAGCCACAACCUUUGACCUCAUGAUUCUAAGAACUGAACUCAAUGAAACUGUUUUCUACGAGACUGUCUCUGUGACGUUGAGUCAGGUGAGCGGUCGGCACCAGUGGAACUGGACCUCAGUUGAACCUCUGCAGUGUACCUCGCUGUCCAUCAAAAUCCGCUCAAGAGAUGGACAGACAACAAGUGAAUGGAGCGACACUCAGAUACUUCAAGGAAGCGAUCUCCCCAGCAAUGAGAAAUAUGAGAUGUUCCCCCAGGACAGAAUUGUACCCGUGGGUUCAAACACCACCUUCUGUUGCAUUGUUGAAGAGGGGAAGCAGUUUGGUAGCAUCCACUACGGCACCACAGUCAUGAACACGACACGACUAAGUAGGCGAAGUUACGCCACUACAGUGGUUAAUCAGAAAUUGUCUGACACGACGGGAACCAACGUCAUCUGUUACAAAAACCCGAUGGCCAAUCUGAAUGGAGCGGUGGUGUUUGUUGGAUAUCCUCCACUGCCCAGUGAUUUUGCGUGUGAGACUCGUGACUUAACCUCAGCGGUGUGCCAGUGGAAUGAAGGACGAGAUACAAACUUGUAUGGCAAACGAAGAACUCGCUUCUCGAUGAACAAUAGGAACUGUACUUUGAGCAGCCCGCAGGAGAAGCAGAAAGAGUGUAGUCUGCCCCAGUGGGAGGGUAACUGGACACUGUUAGCCAGUAAUCCGCUCGGCCAGUACAGCCUUACUGACUCUGCUGAGCUCAGUCACAGAGUGCAUCCAGUAGCACCAGAUAACCUGAAUUGUGUUGUCCAUGCCUGGAAUGCCACUGUGCUGUGGCAGUGGAAGUACGACAGAUACUCCUCCCUGGCUCUUGUCUGCCAGGUAGAGCUUGCCUCCCAAGGGUACAAAACAAAUCGUACCUUCUCUGGUGUGGGUCUGCGGUCGGCGGUUCUAUCAGACCUGCAUCCUGAUGAAGACUACACUGUUCAAGUCUUCUGCGGUGCCCAGCAGAAUUUCUGGAAGUGGGGAACCUGGAGCGAAAUAUUUUCCUUCAAAACCAGCACUUAUGUUCCAGAUGCUCCUGAUGUGUGGAUGUGGAUGAACAAAGACUACACUGGGCAGGUCAUUUGGAAGCCUCUGACACGAAAAGAGAGCCAUGGUCUGAUCACAGGUUAUGAAGUUACUCUCUGGAGCCCUGAGGAAAAUGUACAGCACACAGAAAUUAUUUCACCGGAUACUUCUGCUCUACCAAUCAACCUCACACAGAUCGCUACCUUCAGUAGUAGCAACAAGGUCAUGGCAACCGUCAUUGCAAAGAACACUGACGGGGUCUCUCAGGCUGCAAGUGUACUUAUACCUCUACGUUUGACAGAGGUGGAUCCCGCUGUGUCCAGGCCAGUUUAUACGGACAGAGGUUUCCCUCUGUUCUGGCAGAGCGAUGCCAACGCCACCUGUGCUUAUGUGGUCGAAUGGUAUGAAGCCUCCUGCAAGUGGAACUGCCCCGUGGAAUGGAUUAAGGUGGCCGCUGGAAACACUAAUGUCUCCAUUGAGUCAGCCGACUUCCAGCCAGGUGUGAGGUACAACAUUUCCCUGUACAGCAGCUCCUCAGAGGCCCCAGUGCUGUUGCAGCGCUGGCAGGGAUACUUGCAGGAGCUGGUCCCUUCCAGUUCUGUCCCUCUGUCAACCACUCAGGAGGACUCUGAUAUUCUCCUUACCUGGGGAGAGAUCCCGCUGGUCAGCAGAAGAGGAUUCCUCUUGGGCUACAACAUUUACAUGAGUAGUGGCUCCCAGCUCACACUUCUAGCCAAUCUGUCAGACCUAGGAAGCAGGAGCUACACAGUCAAAGGUCUCUCUGAAGGCUCCUAUAAAUUUACUGUAAAGGCCUACACCUCAGCAGGCGAGGACACAGGGGCCACCGCCUCCAUUACGCUGGAGCCAUACGCUGAUUGGCUGAUCCUGGAAACAUUGGCUUCUAUGGGAGUCACAGCCUUAUUCCUGGUCAUCGUCACCUUCAUUUGCUACAAGAAAAGGAAAUGGGUGAAAAAGGCGUUCUAUCCAGACAUACCUGAGCCCAAGCUGGCUGGUGAUUGGUCCAGGUCACAGGGGCCGUUGGAUGUGAAGCCGUCUCCCCACAGUUUGGUCCAUAUGGUAGAAAGGCCUGAGUGGGAUUCUAGUAAAGAAGCGCUCGUCGUCAUUCCUGAAGAAGACGAGGAUGAAGAAGGGCAGGAGACAGGGCACGAGCCAGUUGACACAGAUGAGCCUACGUCAUUACGCUACUACAACCAAGUGGUAGAUGAGCGGCCCAUAAGACCACGUUACCCAGACUCCUCUGGUUCUUCUGCAUCCUCUUUGGAUUCAGCACGCACCGAUGUGACAUACACGGGAAUCCAGAGCUCAGGGUCUUCUUUGGUCUUCCAGCUGGAUCCUCCGGGCUCUUCUGAGGGCCAUCAACCCCAGGCUGACCUGUUGUUCUGUGGAGGAGGAGGAGGAGGAGGAGGAGGAGGAGGAGGUUACCGGCCCCAGAUGCAAUCUAGAGCCCUAUGUGAUGACAUGGGCCCAGCUUCACCCAAGCCUUUCCCCGAGCCCCAGGUUGCCAGCGCUGGGGGCUACAAACCCCAGAGCUCCUGGCAUUUUGACUCCCCGGUGGAGGCCGGGGAAAGUGACGGCCUUGCACCCUCUCUUGGAUCCCCCACCUCAAUUGCUUCCACUCAGUUCCUCCUCCCUGGUGGAGAUGAACAUGAAGAGGAGAAACGACAGCCCUCAUCAUCGGCGGCAACCUGGUUCACCAACUUGUUGUCAUCUACAAAACCAUGAUAUCAUCUCUCUCUCACUACGAGCAGCCAGGCCAGGGGGGUUAACAUAACACUUUCAGAUUCAUUGCUGUUACCUGUCUCAUGCAUUAAACAAGCCUAACCCAUAUGGGCAAGUAAAUAUCCCCUCUGAUAGCACUAAAUUAAAGUUGCAUUUUGACAGCAGGUUUUUAAUGCUAUUUAAGGUGUUUAUUCCAAAGAUACAGAAAUAUGUAUACUUAGAGUAAUUUUUUUCUCUGUAAUGCAAAUAUCAUAAAUCAAAAUCUGUAUAUUUAUAUAUCAAAACAUCUCUAUUCUGACAACAAAUCUCUCCAAAUUAUUUCUUCAUACCUCUUUUCAAACAUAUUUAUUGCUCCCCCUGGCAACCUGGUGGCUGUCACGUCCCCUCACUGCCUUUUCUGUGACUCCCUGUAAUGGGCAUUUAGCAAUGGCAUAUCCUGUGUUUCAGUUGAGUAUGUCCAGUUUUUAGCUUGCAUUUCAGAUGUUUUUAUUUUUCUGUGAUGUGAACUUUGCUACACUACAGAAGAAAACUGAAAACAAGAAUCAAACCAAAUGACGGAACAAUAAAAGUAAAGGACAUUUUUGGAAUAACUCUACAAAGGAACAGGUUCAAUAGAAGUUCUCUAAGUAGACAGAAAACCUCUUUACAGUAUCCAUGUCUUCUGCUGGUUCGCCGUUGGGAUAAUCUUGCCUGUUUUGUGACAGCUGAUGAGCUACUGAAAGGAAAAGAGGCAUUUAGCUGGAAUUUUUUUUGUGACAAUUUUAAAGUCAUGUAAUGAUGGCACUCUCCUGGAUCAAUACCGAGGUAGUUCCUAUCCUUACAGAUGUGAUCUAUCUUUCACACAUUACUGUCUGAACAGUGAGCUGUUGAAGUGGAAGAUGCACUCGUGAAUGAGAAGAGUCAUUGUUUUACACAGACACAGAAGUGGUGCUGUCUGUUAUGACCUGGAAUUGUGUGGGUUAUGAGCCCUGUGGAUAUAUACACUGAUAUAAGCUAGAAGAUAAAUACAAACUGAGGUAUUUUAAUGAACUAACACACUAUUAUGUUACUUUGGGGUGGUUUUAUUUGUUUUGUCUUCCUUAACCAGUAGAGGGUUUUUUGCAGUAUUUUUUCUUUCUUGUUAUGAAAAGCAUUUCACAGUCAGGCCAGUGUCCUUUUUUAUGUUGCUAUGUGUCGUGCAUAAUCCUCAAGUUGAUGAUUGGUAUUGGACAGAUUAUGAAAAUGAACUUUGAUGAAUAAUUACAGUGUUUAAAUUGCCUUGAUAAAUGUUAUGCUUCCAAUCAUUUGCACCAUAUCACUUUUCACACACUGCCUUGCUCCUAAAUGUUAUGUAUAAUGAAAAACAAUAUCUUACAAUAAUGCAUUUCAGAAAUGAUCAGAAAAGUAUUGUAUUGGACAUCUACGGGCACUGAGCCUAACAUCUACAAAAGAUGUGCAUUUUAAUAAAUUGUAGUAAGCGCUGACAUUUCUAAACUUUGGUUACAUUAUAACUACCAUGAUGUUUACUCUCAACCCACAUGUCUGAGUAGUUGUAAAACAAAGAAAAAAGGUUUUCUUUCAUGGCUUUGUCUUCAAGCUCAGAGAUGGCAGAUAAUGCAUUAGAUGUCAAUGUGCUGUGCAUGAAAGCUUGUUUAUUUUUUAGAGAGAUCUAAGUCUACAAUAGAUUUUUUUUUUUUUUCAAAUGUGACUAUUUAUCUUUUUAUUGCAGACUUUUCUUGAAGCCUCCUUGUACAUUUUGUGACUGGAAAAAGGGACCAUGAAAUGCUAUCACUUAGCUUUUUUUGACAAAAAUGUGUGGAAAUGGCCUUGUGAAUAUUGGUCAUUUGAAAACACGUUGGCAUCUCUAAUUGCCCAAGUAGACUCCACUUACUCCAUUUGCUCUCCACUGAUGUGUACAGUGGGUGUUAAGGAUGCACUAUUGGCUAGGCUUCCCAAAAGCAUCAUAAUGCAAAGAUUAUCCUUUGAUAUUCUAAUCCAGUGGUAACCAGGAUGUUUAUUUUAUCAUAUUUCUCAGGCCAUUGCUUGCCUGUGUGGCAGCCUGUGCCUGUGGUUUAUUGUUUCUUCCUCCAGCCAACAAGCUUUAAGUAAAACUACUGUGACAUGAAUGAUGACUUAGACUUACUAUAAUAGAUGGCUUCACUGAUGACAGGCAGGCAGGCAGUCCUCUUUGACUACUGACAAACACAUGUCUCCUCUUUUUCUUUGUCUUGUAACACUGAUCUAAAUUUAAGCAUGUUUUAGGUGGAAAAUGGUUGAAAAAACAAGUUAAAAGCUAGCUUUCCCCAGUCAAAUUGAGUAAAGAGUGAAUCAACCUGUUGCAUUGUGAGAUCAGUGAUGACUUCAAGGCAGUGGUAAAGGGUGGAUAUAGUUUUGAGUAUCUAAACAUGGCUGCAAAUUGUUUUCCUUUGAAGACUGCUUUCUCAAACAAGCACGGCUUUGGAGACUAACCUAUGAACGCUAUGUGUUACACGCUUUUAUGUUGAUUUGAAUCAACACAAUGGCACCUUUUUAAUUUUUUCUCUAGAUCUUUGUUUUUAUACAUCUAACUGUACAUAAUUGUAAUUUUCUUUCAUUUAUUUUCGUCCUACAAUACAAAUGAAUAUUCCCUAAUGUUUGUGUUGGCGACACCAGAUAUGUACGUAGAGUCCCAUAAAAUAUAAAGGCAUCACACUUUGACUGUAUAUUUGUUGUGUACUUAAACACAUGGAAACCUUUCAAAGUGUGUCUGAAAACUCAUGUAAACUGAAUAAGCAUUGUGAUCCUGUCUUCAUAUAAUAGUUAAGCCUGCUUUGCAUUCCUAUCUUAUCACAGCAAUAUCACUUUGACAGACACAUUGUAAUUAUUGGACUAAAGUCCUCACCAUGCAGACUCGUACACGCCGACAUGCAAUUCUCCAUUCAGUCCACUACAUUUUUUUCAUUGUCCACCCACAUUUUUACUGGAGCCUAUGCUUACUCUGUAAACCCUAACAAUUGUGUGUGUUAUACAGCAGGUUAAACGUGCUGCUCAACACAUAUUCAUCACUGGCCUUAGAUUUUCUUUUAAUUAAAUCAACGCAUGUUGUAUAAGCUAUAACUGCAAAACAGUGGCUCGUAAAUCCUUUAAACUCUAUGUUUAUGUUUCGUUGUAGCUUUAAAACACUAACACAGAACAAUGUUGUGCAAGACAAGAUUACUGAAGUAUUGUGCACAUGAAAAAGGCUUUCAUUUCUGAAAAUGUUUUAAAUUUCAUGAUAUUUUGCAGAAUAUUUUACUAUGGAUUGAACAAAAAGAGACUUCUGAGUGAAUAAAUAAAUGUUAACACUAAUAACACAAAUUAAAAUGCUACUUGCUUAAAGGCAAUAAAGUUAUUUGUCUGGCCACUUG